AUGGCCCCUCUCCAUCAUCCUCUAUAUUCAAGAGGUAGCAGCCGCCGCUCCUCCGACCCCCUGUUCCUCCGCAGCCAAAGCUAUUGCGAAUUCCCCAGCCUCGAUAAUUUCUCGAGCUCGAGCUUCUUGUCCGCGAAGGGGUGGCCGGCCCCGAGGUCGAAGGCCUCGAGCGCGCCGUCAGUGGCGGCCCCAAGGGACUGGUCGGACCACGAGCACGAGCACGAGCACAAGGGCAUCGGCGGCAGCGGUGGCGUCGUCGGCUGA